AUGGUUCGCAUUUGCUAUGCCCUUAUUGUAGGCCUUGCAGGUUUUUUAAGCUUUGUUUCAGCUCAUCCCGGAGACAAUGUAAAGACUGAAGUGGCUGUGAGAGCUGCGUACCUUCGCAAUAUCCCUGUUCAGUCACGCAGCCUUACUCACUGCACAGACGAAUUCAGAAAACGAGGCAUUGAUGAUACAAAUUUUGCUCGUCGCGAAGUGGCUGUGUGUCAAUUACGCAAGCAAAAAGGCCUAGACACUGGUGCCGAUUAUCUUAAGGCCCGUGACUUUAAUUCUGUCCUGCAGACAGAUCAUCACUCCAACCUGAAGAAAGUCAAACCAUCGACUGACCGCCGCAUUUUGUUUUCAUCGGGUGGCACUUGUAUUGUGCAGCCGGAGGUUACACAGGAACCCUAUUACAUUGCUGGCGAACUGAUACGCAGGAAUGUCGCCGAGGAUCACGCCGGCGUGCCGUUAUUCUUAGAUAUUCAGCUCAUCGACACGAACACUUGCGAUCAACUCCCUAUCGUUACCCACCCAGCGAAUGAGACCCAGAUUCUCCCCAACGGCACACUUGCCGGCAUGUAUAACGGGAAAUCCUCUCAUGUUGGUCAGAUAUUCUUCGAUCAGGACCUCAUCACUGAAGUAGAGAAAUGUCAUCCAUACACCGAGAACACACAGGAUUUGCUUAAGAACUCCGAGGACAGUAUCCUCGAGGCUGAGGCGGGGAACACCAAUCCGGUUAUGGAAUAUGGUUAUCUUGGAAAACAUGCGUCCGACGGCAUUUUCGCAUGGAUCUCUAUUGGCAUCAAUGCCGAAAGAGAUGACGAUCUCUCACCCGAGGGUUACUGGACUGAAGAUGGCGGUGAAGUGAACGGUGACUGUGUUCAAACGUGA